CAAAAAUAGGUGGACAAGUCCCAUCUUUGCACGGGUGGCUGGUUAUUGAGGGGCCACAGGCGACGCUCCGUUGCUGUGGCAGGGGAUCGCAGUGGACCCGGCGCGGCCUGAACAACCUAAAGAUGCAGCAUCCAUCACCCACACUUUCCGGUGUUCAAACCGGCUUGCUCGAGUGAGGCGAACCCGGCAGAAAUUACUACAGGAAGAAGAGUUUUUAGCAACACUAAUCUGUUGAUCGCCGCUGCAAAGCCGUCGCAUAAUACUGGCCCUCGACAGAUCAUACGAUUAAACAGGUCGCAGUUUCCAGCUGCGCCGGUGACGCAUUCCGACGUAUAUUUUCGAUAUCCUGUCCCAUCAUAUCCGGAGGGCGCGCUGUAGCCCUAAGCCUCGACAAUGAAGCUCUUCGGGUGGAUCUCGGCCGCAUUCCUCGCUUCGACUGUUCUUUCGUUAGAGACAACACCAGCUCCAUCGAUCGAUACUAUACCAUUCUAUUCACCUCGCAAUGCAGACUCCGGACGAAGGGCCUUUGAAGUACUGCAAUUAUUAAGGAAGCGGAGCGACAACUGUCCUUCUGGAUAUGAUUCUUGCACAAACCUAGGCUACUCGGAUAUAUGCUGUGCCGAUGGUAGCAGGUGCACUCGCGACGCCGCUGACAAUGUCGCUUGCUGCCCGACGGGAGCAAGCUGUACCGGCACGCUCUCAGAAACUGGAAACUCCGGGGGUGGUGCAACUAGCAGCUUCCGAUUUCCCCAGACAGCGACGGCUACACAGACUACAGAUGGAACGAGUGUGACUCUCACGGGCUCUACAAUUGCCGGAGCAUACCCAUUUGUCAAUAUCCCGACAUCGUUCGCCAACGCGCGCGUUUGCACAUCAUACUACUCUCUAUGUCAGAGCGAAUAUACCGGCUGUCUUUCGCAACUCGGAGGAGGGUAUGCUGUGACUGUGGCUGCCGAAGGAGGAGGUGUCACUCGCGCUGGAGGAGGCGCUUCUGCAGCUAUAUCGACAUGCUCUAGUCUGAGUAUGGAGGCAUGCCACGGUCUCAGCAUCGGUUACUGCGGCAGUUACAGCACUGAUGUCUAUGAGAACCGGGGAACGAUGCCCAGACGGAGUUCCAGUCUGGAGGACCUUUUCUUUGGCAUGUUCAUUGGACUUGCCGGGAUGUUUCUAUGAAAUUACGACCACGCUUGAUUUUCAUGUGGAUAUGCAUGUACGAGAUAUGGACAUAUGCUCGCUCAAGUGACGUGAA